CUUUGAAUUAUUGCCGGAACAUCUCAGUUUUAAAUACCAAAUUGAAGAUAUGGGUAAGUACGGGAGCAAUUAGAGGACUGAAUAAUUUUAUGAUAGCGUCAUUCGUGUUGUCUAAACCCGGGCCCGUUGCAUGAUAACCCGUAAUAACUGACUGCACUUCUUCUGGGAUCGGAUAAAAAUGAAAGUAACUAAGGGUAACGGGGAAAAGUGCAGGAGUAUGAAGUGGAAGAGAAUUCAGAGCAAGCAGGUCUAUACGUUCGCGUACAUUUCGUUCUUGCAAAGACAACAACCAUAGAAGUUGGGCUGAAACUGAGUCAUGGGACUUGUGCAGACACUGCGAGCUAUGGUGUGGACACUCCUCAAAGAGCGCACUUUUAGACGGCAGUGCAGUCGCAAGGCAGCCGGUGUUUGCCCCAUUCUGUCAUCCGGCCAGAACUCCCCAAGAAACGCAAACUACGGCGCUAUUUUGUGGACCGUAGUAGUCUGGACCACAGUAGUAACUCUAGAACGUAAUGGAACAUUGCCAUGGGCCGCGAGCACGGAAUUGGCAGGAAAAGGUUGUGGUACAUCGCAAGCCUCCGUUGACCACCAAAUAUCGGGAAUUUAAUCUUUUCGUCCACGAAAAUCGUUUCUGCGGGCCACGACUUCGCGAUAUUGUAGCAGGCUCGGUGAUAACGUUCACGGUAGUGUUCCGUCUUCCCGCGAAGGGAAGCCUUGAGAGACUAAUAAAUUGGAUGCUCCCAGCUGCAAGCAGGCGUCUUUGAAGAUUUCGAUGUCAUCCCUUGGCAACCGGAAACCUUGGAAGACGCACAACUCCACCCGGACGUCAGCUAAGGUAGGGGAGAAGCAAGGAAGAAGGCUUACCAUCUCACGAACAACAUCGUUUCAAAGGAUGGAAAAACGUCAACUUCCCGUAAUAACAGGACAUCAGCAAAGUCUCUGGUCGCUUUCUCUUCAUAGGUGCUCUUUAUUUUUUCUUUUUUUUUUUUUCCUGUCUCGAGAACGCCCAGUAAUGUAUCUUAGUAGGCUCCCUUAGCGGCACUGCACACGUCAUAUAGAUUUGUUUCAGGUUUCUUUUUUUUUUCGUCACAAAAUCGUUUUUCUCUUCGUUACCGGAAAUGUCAGCGCCGUCGCAAAGAAGAAGAAGAACGCAUUAAGGAGACAGACAUUGCCAUUUGAUUUAAUUUAUUAUCGGUUUCUUUCUGAUUUUCGAUUAUUCGUUUAUUUUCCCUUGUUCUUUUUUUUUUAUCGUAUUGCCAUCCGGUUCCUGGCCUGUGCCCCACAGUGGAUUUGUGCCAUUAAAUAAGGCACAAAACCAUCAUCAUCAUCUUCUUCUGCUCAGUUUUUCUUUAUUCUUUCCAUCAGUUUGGAGUGCGUUGGCACCGAAGCCCCACGUUUCCGGAUGCCGUUCAUGAGGCUUUCCUUCAGCCGCACCGAGAGUGAGGCUGCCAUCAUCGAGGCAGUCAAUGCGGCCGAAAAGACCACCUCUCCUGGAUGGUUCAACCCCAAAUGCAAGAGGGCCACAGUAUACGCCAUCUACAUGGUGUCCGUGGUGGUGAUCCUGUGGCAGAGCCGCGGGCUGCACCCGGACGCGCCGACCGCGAGCGGCUACCUGCUGCUCUCGUUCCGCGUCUUCGUGGUUCUCACGCUGGUUCUGGCCUCGGUCAAGCUGUUCUUCAACCUGCGCGACUUCUAUUCGCAGCUGCACAGCGAGGAGUACUUGCCACCAAAGGAGGCUCCCGACGUCUCCAAGCUGGACGGCGGCCGAGGAGACGAGCAAGACGACUUCGUCGACUUCUGCCGCCGCGAGGGUUUCCCUCUGCCUGAGGAGCAACGCAAGCCGGAAGAGCUGCCCGUCGAUUUGGGGUUCUAGCCACCGGCUCAGCAUCUUCCGCGCGCAAACAGUGCCUGCAACCCAACCCCAAGUCAGGGUCUCUCACAGUCGUUCUUCCCGCUAGCAACAAUUUCGAGGAGUACGCGGCGCCAGGGUUAUCUGUUGUGGGCCGGCCGCAAUAAAACCUGACAAAUGAUCCGGUUGUGUGCCAGUGAUGUAAUA